AUGUACAAGCAGGUGCUCGUCGCCCUGGCCGUGGUGGCCGCCUGUCUGGCCGCCCCCGGCCCCAAGCCGGCCCCCGGCCUGCUGGCCAGCUACGUGGCCGCCGCCCCCGUCGCCUACACCGCCCCCGCCGUCGCCGCCCCCGCAGUCGCCGCCCCCGUCGCUUACACCGCAGCAGCGGCUCCUCUGGCCUACGCUGCACCAUACACUGCUGCCUACAGCUACGGAUCUGUCGUCCUUGGAUAAGCACCAAACGGCUCUGAAAUGCUACAAUGACUGUUACAUCCGAUUGAAAAACCGCCAA